GCCAGAAGAGAGAGGGACAAGUCAGCCUUGGUGCCCCUGGUCCUAGACCUAUACCAUCAGGGGAAACAGGAGCCCUGAGAUUUAUUCAGGAAGAUGCUGACGUGAACGUCCGGAACCCCCAGUCUGGCCAACAUGGAUGAAAUGCACACCUAUUCUACCCUGAAGAGACUGUUAUCUUUCUUCAAUGGCUUCAGAGUUAUGUCUGGUGUGAUCCUCAUUGGCCUGGGCAUCUAUGUCAAAUUCAGAGAGGCUGUCCUGGCAAGGGUCCUUGGGCUAUCCUCUACAUAUCUCCUUAACACUGGCUGUCUGUGCCCGGCAGUGGGCUGCCUCACGGUGCUGCUUGGCUUUGUUGGGUGGUAUGGAGCAGCCAGAUAAAAUAGAGGCACUUUCUUGUUUAUAAAAAUGGCCUUGGAGCACAUCUUCGCGACCCUGAGGAAGAAUUACAGAGGUUACGAUGAGCCAGAUGACUGCUCCACAGAAUGGGACUUGGUCACGGAGAAGUGGAAGUGCCGUGGGGAGAAGAACUACACAGAUCUUUCCGUCUUCUCCUUUGAAAUGACAACUGUUGGUUACUCCUGCCCCAGGAGCCGUGGUAAAUCCAUCAGGACCAUAGCCUGUGACGGGCACAACGUGUCCACAGACAUCACCCACGAGGAGGGCUGUUCCCUCAAGGUCUAGACAAUAACCAAGACUCUGAGCUUCAGCUUGAGUGGGGGCUCACUGGAGGCAGCAGUGAUACAGGUAAGGUCUAGGACCUUUGGAACACACUGAGCUCUUUUACUGAGCACCUACUAUGUGCCAAGCACUGUUCUGGCCCCUGGGGAUUUCUGCC